UUGUGCUGCCCAACUGACCACGGUUACUUAACAUGCUGGCAGCUGCUCUCCUGCCCGAGCUGGGACGCGGCAGUAACUUUGGGUACAUAGUCCUGGUUUUCCCUUCCCUGCGUGUGAGCGGACUUUAAAUUCGGCUGCCGGGCCCACAAGGCAGCAAGCUGGAAACGCUUCAAGAGGAGCAGAGUGAGUGCAGCUCUGCCUGAACCUCGGGGGCCGUGCCCCACAGCAGAACCGGUUUUGCUCCACACGGACCCUCUGCCCUCGCGCUGCUCGUGAUGGAGGUCACCAUCCUCUUCCUCCGCGCCUGCCUGGCGCUGCUGGCCAUGCCCAUCUACCUGCUGUCCUUCCUGGGCAUAUGGGAGCCAUUCUGCAAGAAGAUCUUUUUCCCUUACUUCUUAGAGAGGCUCUCUGUGAUCCACAACAGGAAAACCAAGAAGCAGAAGCAGGAAUUAUUCCGAAAUCUGCCCGACUUUGCCGGACCGUCGGGAGAGCUGAAGCUGCUGGAGAUUGGCACCGGUUGCGGUGCCAACUUCGAGUUCUACCCUCCGGGCUGCAAAGUCACCUGCAGCGACGUGAACCCCAACUUCCAGCAGGGCCUUUCCAGGAGCAUGAGCAAGAACCAGCACAUCCACUACGAGAGCUUCCUCACGGCGGCCGGGGAGGACCUGCACCAGGUGGCCAGUGGCUCUGUGGAUGCCGUUGUCUGCACUCUGGUCCUCUGCUCGGUGCAGAGCGUGAGCAAAACCCUGAAGGAAGUGAAGCGCGUGCUCAGACCGGGAGGCGUUUUCUACUUCCUGGAGCACGUGGCCGCGAACCCUUCCAGCUGGAGGCUCUUCUGGCAGCAGGUCUGCCACCCGACGUGGAAACUCGUGUUUGCCGGCUGCUGCCUGAGCAGGGAGAUAUGGAAGGAUCUGGAAGAGGCCAACUUCUCGGAGCUGAAACUGCAGCACAUCAGCGUGCCGCUGGCCGGGACUCCCAUUAAGCCGCACAUCAUCGGGUACGCCGUGAAAUGAGGCGGAGCGCUCGGUGCAGUUCGCCUCCGCGACUCCUGGGCACAAGCAAAGCACACAAACUAAUCCCGGCCGAUGCAUGUAGGCAACGUGGCCGAGGACUUUAAUAAAUGCUUGAUUCAGACCUUAA